AUGAACAGCAGUGGAACAACAUACCCUCUAGCAUCGUUGUAUGUAGGUGAUCUGCAUCCGGAUGUUACGGAGGCCAUGCUUUACCAGAAGUUCUCUCCUGCUGGGCCCAUCAUGUCAAUCCGUGUGUGCCGUGACAUCAUCACUCGCAGAUCCCUUGGCUAUGCUUACAUCAAUUUCCAGCAACCAGCUGAUGCGGAAUGCGCCCUGGAUACAAUGAACUAUGAAAUUAUCAGAGGUCGUCCCAUCCGAAUAAUGUGGUCUCAACGUGACCCGGCACUCAGAAGAUCUGGUGUAGGCAACAUUUUUAUCAAGAACAUGGAUGAAUCUAUUGACAACAAGGCCCUCUAUGAUACUUUCUCAGCCUUUGGGAAUAUUUUAUCCUGCAAGGUUGUUUGUGAUGAGAGAGGCUCAAAAGGCUAUGGCUUUGUUCACUUUGAAACUCAGGAGGCUUCAAACCGUGCCAUUGAAACUAUGAACGGGAUGCUGCUGAAUGAUAAGAAAGUUUUUGUUGGCCACUUCAAGUCCCGCAAGGAAAGAGAGAUCGAGUUUGGGGCCAAAGCCAUGAAGUUCACCAAUGUCUACAUCAAAAAUUUUGACGAAGACUACACUGAUGAGGAUCUCAAGGAAAUAUUUUCCAAAUUCGGCAGGACCCUUAGUGUGCGAGUGAUGAGAGACGAGAGAGGCUGUUCGCGUGGUUUUGGCUUCGUCAACUAUCACAAUCACGAGGAUGCGCAGAAGGCGGUUGAGAUGAUGAACGGGAAGGAGCUCAAUGGGAAAGUCCUCUAUGUAGGGAGAGCUCAGAAGAAGCUGGAACGCCAGGGAGAGCUCAAGCGCAAGUUUGAGCAGAUCAAACAGGAUCGAAUUCAGCGCUAUCAGGGGGUGAAUUUGUAUGUAAAGAACUUGGAUGAUGCAGUAAAUGAUGAGAAACUCAGGAAGGCAUUUGCUCCCUAUGGUACCAUUACCAGUGCUAAGGUCAUGAAAGACGGUGAUCAGAGUAAGGGCUUUGGCUUUGUGUGUUUCUCAUCACCUGAGGAAGCAACCAAAGCAGUAACUGAAAUGAAUGGACGAAUUGUUGCAACCAAGCCCCUGUAUGUGGCUCUGGCUCAGCGCAAGGAGGAGCGCAAGGCCAUCCUCACUAAUAAGUACAUGCAGAGGCUUGCAACAGUGAGGACCAUGGCAAACCCUAUAAUUGACUCAUACCAGCAGGCAGGAUACUACAUGUCUGCUGUGCCACAGCCUCCCUCUCGUUCCUACUACACCCACAAUGCUGCCAAGAGUAUGAGAGCAGCCCCUCAUUGGACAGCACAGCCACUUAAAUCUCAGGGUACUUAUUCACCCCACUGUGCCGGAACAGCCUUUCCUCGACGCACAUCCACUACCAUUGCCACUGUCAGACAGGCCUCUACCCAAGUGCCACGCAUUACAGCUUCAUAUGCCCAAAAGACUACUAAUAUUGGCACCCAGACAGCUGGGGGUCGGGCUGGCAGUCAGAAUAAACACUCCUCUGCUGUAAGACAUCCUCCACAGGCCAUAAGUGUGCCUGCAGCCAUGACAAGACAACAGGUUAUUCCGACGUCUAUGAUGGAGCGAGCAGUGCACAUUCGAGGUCAGGAGCCCCUCACAGCCUCCAAGCUGGCUGCAGCUCCUCUCAUGGACCAGAAACAGCUUCUGGGCGAACAAUUGUACCCACUCAUUCAGGCUCUUCAACCAAACAUGGCUGGAAAAAUCACUGGAAUGUUGCUGGAGAUUGACAACUCAGAGCUGCUACACAUGCUAGAGUCUCCUGAGUCUCUGCAUUCUAAGGUUGAGGAGGCAGUUGCUGUGCUGCAGGCUCACCAGGACAAGGAGCGCCCUCCUAACAAGUAAAGGACCCUUUCA